AUGUCUGCUGCUAGUGAAUCUAAAUACUCUACAGAAGUGCUUUCCGAGUUAUUAAGCAAAUUGCAAAUUGCUGAAAACAAGGAUGAAGCCGCUUCCAACAUUUCCUCCUUCUUAAACUCUUCAAUUGUUGAACACGAUGUUCCAGUUGAAUUCUUUGAAGACUUGAAGAAGCAAGUUAAUGCUAAGGAUGCCAAGGUUGCCAUUGCUGCUUUAGAUGCUUACACUCACAUUGCUUCUUCUAACGCUUUGGCUCCAUCUGUCGAACCAUACGUCGUUGAAUUAGUUUCUGAUGUUGCCACCAGAGCCGGUGACAAGAACAAGGACCUCCAAACUGCUGCUUCUGCUGCUUUAUUGGCCAUUGCUUCUGCCAUCACCCCAACCGCUGUCAAGGCUCUCUUGCCAAAGUUGGUUGAAAACUUGUCCACCACCAACAAGUGGACCGAAAAGGUUGCUAUCUUGAAGGCCGUUUCCCAAUUGGUUGACACCGCCAAGGACCAAAUCGCCUUGAGAAUGCCUGAAUUGAUUCCAGUUUUGUCUGAAUCUAUGUGGGACACCAAGAGAGAAGUCAAGGAAGCUGCCACCGCCACCAUGACCAAGUCUACCGAAACCAUCGACAACAAGGAUAUUGAAAAGUUUAUUCCAAAGUUGAUUGAAUGUAUUGCCAAGCCAACUGAAGUUCCAGAAACCGUCCACUUAUUGGGUGCCACCACCUUCGUUUCUGAAGUUACCAUGGCUACUUUGUCCAUCAUGGCUCCAUUGUUAUCUAGAGGUUUAGCUGAACGUGAUACCGCUAUCAAGCGUAAGGCUGCUGUUAUUGUUGAUAACAUGUGUAAGUUGGUCGAUGAUCCACAAGUUGUUGCUCCAUUCUUGAAUACUUUGUUGCCAGCUUUAAAGGGUAACUUUGCUACCAUGGCUGACCCAGAAGCCAGAGAUGUUACUCAAAGAGCCUUGAACACUUUAAGAAGAGUUGGUGCUGUCGGUGAAGGUGACGCUAUCCCAGAAGUUUCUACUGCUGGUGAUAUCGCUGUUACCUUGAAUGAAUUCACCCAAUUGGUUGCUGACAAGAACAUUGCUGCCAGAUUCAAUGUCGCUCAAAACUAUAUUGCUGCUAUUGCCGGUGAUUUGAUUGACGAAAGAGAAAUCCAACCAGAAGCUUGGUUACACAACAUCUUGCCAUUUGCCACCAUCUUCUUGCACGAACAAGAAGCCAAGGAAAUCAUUGAAGAAUUCAGAAAGAGAGCCCUUGACAACAUUCCUCAACCACCAUCUUUCGAAGAUGAAGAAGAUGAAGGUGAAGACUUAUGUAACUGUGAAUUCUCUUUAGCUUAUGGUGCCAAGAUCUUGUUGAACAAGACUCAAUUCAGAUUAAAGAGAAACAGAAGAUAUGGUUUAUGUGGUCCAAACGGUGCUGGUAAGUCUACUUUGAUGAGAGCUAUUGCUAACGGUCAAGUUGAAGGUUUCCCAACCCAAGAAGAAUGUAAGACUGUUUACGUUGAACACGAUAUCGAUGCCACCCAAGCUGACACUCCAGUUGUUGAUUUCGUCAUUGAAGAUGGUGAAGUUGGUUUAACCAAGGAAGCUGUCCACGCUAAGUUGACCGAAUUCGGUUUCUCUGAAGAUAUGAUCAAGAUGCCAAUUCAAUCCCUUUCUGGUGGUUGGAAGAUGAAGUUGGCUUUAGCUAGAGCCGUCUUGAAGAAUGCCGAUAUCUUGUUGUUGGAUGAACCAACUAACCAUUUGGAUACCGUCAAUGUUGCUUGGUUAGUCAACUACUUGACCACUUGUGGUAUUACUUCUAUUAUCGUUUCCCACGAUUCCGGUUUCUUGGACAAUGUUACCCAAUACAUUAUCCACUACGAAGGUUUCAAGUUGAGAAAGUACAAGGGUAACUUAUCUGAAUUCGUCAAGAAGUGUCCAUCUGCUCAAUCUUACUACGAAUUAGGUGCCUCUGACUUGGAAUUCAAGUUCCCAGAACCAGGUUUCUUGGAAGGUGUUAAGACCAAGCAAAAGGCUAUUGUCAAGGUUUCCAACAUGUCUUUCCAAUACCCAGGUACUUCUAAGCCACAAAUUCAAGACAUUAACUUCCAAUGUUCCUUGUCUUCCAGAAUUGCUGUUAUUGGUCCAAAUGGUGCUGGUAAGUCCACUUUGAUUAACGUUUUGACCGGUGAAUUGUUACCAACCACUGGUGAAGUUUACGUUCACGAAAACUGUCGUAUUGCUUACAUUAAGCAACAUGCUUUUGCCCAUAUUGAUUCCCACUUGGACAAGACUCCUUCUGAAUAUAUUCAAUGGAGAUUCCAAACCGGUGAAGAUAGAGAAACCAUGGACAGAGCUUCUAGACAAAUUUCUGAAUCCGAUGAACAAAACAUGAACAAGAUCUUCAAGGUUGAAGGUACCCAAAGAAGAAUCCAAGGUAUUCAUGCUAGAAGAAAGUUCAAGAACUCUUAUGAAUAUGAAAUUUCUUGGAUGUUGGGUGACAAUGUUGGUAUGAAGAACGAAAGAUGGGUUCCAAUGAUGUCUGUUGACAACACCUGGUUGCCAAGAGGUGAAUUGAUGGAAACCCACGCCAAGUUGGUUGCUGAAGUUGAUAUGAAGGAAGCUUUAGCUUCUGGUCAAUUCAGAGCUUUAACCAGAAAGGAAAUUGAAGAACACUGUGCCAUGUUGGGUUUGGAUGCUGAAUUAGUUUCCCACUCUAGAAUCAGAGGUUUAUCUGGUGGUCAAAAGGUUAAGUUAGUCUUGGCUGCUUGUACCUGGCAAAGACCUCACUUGAUUGUCUUGGAUGAACCAACCAACUAUUUGGAUCGUGACUCCUUAGGUGCUUUAUCCAAGGCUUUGAAGGCUUUCGAAGGUGGUGUUGUCUUGAUUUCCCACUCUGCUGAAUUCACCAAGGACUUGACUGAAGAAGUCUGGGCUGUCUUAGACGGUAGAAUGACCCCAUCCGGUCACAACUGGGUCCAAGGUCAAGGUUCUGGUCCAAGAAUCGAAAAGAAGGAAGAUGAAGAAGACAAGUUCGAUGCUAUGGGUAACAAGAUUGCCGGUGGUAAGAAGAAGACUAAGUUAUCUUCUGCUGAAUUGAGAAAGAAGAAGAAGGAAAGAAUGAAGAAGAAGAAGGAAUUAGGUGAUGCUUAUGUUUCCGAAGAUGACGAAGACUUCUAA